AUGUUUUACUAUCGACUGGUAGCCAGAAAUGAGCCAAAAGCAAAUUUGUAUGCUACAAAACUCGGUCUAGAACUGUGUAAAGAGCUGAAACAACAAAAUAUAAAAGUUUCUAGAGCUAUCUUGACUGAUCUAUUGCUUGUGGUGGUUCUGUCUGGAUGUGAAGUUCGCUGCUUGUAG